AUGGAGGGGAGCCUCGGAGGCGGCCUUCUCUCAGGGCCCGACGGCCCCCAGGCCCUCGGGGAGACCACGCAGGCCUGGGAGGAGCUGCUGCACCGCCUGCAGGAGACCCUGGACCUGCUGUCCCCGCUGGAGCUGCGCACCUUCCGCUCCCUCCUCACCAAGCAGGACGAGGAGCCGCGCGUGACGCCGCUCAAGCUGGAGCUGGAGGGCGGCAGCAUCGCGGGGCUGGCGCGGCUCCUCGCCAAGCACUACCCGCCGGACACCGCGGCGCGCGUCCUGGUCAGGGUCCUGCAGCAGCUGCCGCGCACCGACCUGCUGCCGCGCUGGCAGGGCUUCCUCGCCUACGGCCCGGUGAUCCCAAGAAAAGCUCUGAAGAGGAGCUAUAACUGUGUGGACGGGGACUCGGAGGACUGCUAUGACCUGAGAGGCAGGCGGAUCGCUUUCCUCAUGUGCGUGAAGAAGAACAGGCUCGGGGCCGACCGGGACAUUUUUCUCAUGAAGCAGUGGCUUGACCUCUGCCAGUUUGAAUGUACGUCAUGCAUCGACCCCGACAAAAAGGAGUUACUUGAACAACUAACAUCAUUUCGUGAUGGCUUAAAUGAAAUUAAAGAUGAAAUUAGCUGUUGCCUUGUCACGCUUAUGUCCCAUGGAGAAAAAGGCUAUCUGAAAAUAAAAGAUGAUGAAAGAGUCAGCCUGGAAGAGAUUUUUGAAAUGUUCAAUAAUAAAAAUUGUCCAGCACUUCAGGAGAAACCAAAGAUCUUUAUAAUCCAGGCCUGCAGAGGAGAGAGAAGAGAUAGUGGUGUUGAAACAGAUGAUGAGCCCAUGGAAUUGGAUGACAUAUCCGAAAGGAAGAGGCUGCCCACGUUCAGUGAUUAUUUCAUCAUCUAUCCUACCCAGGCAGAUCACGUUGCUUUACGGCACCCCCACACUGGCUCUGUGAUGAUUAAGGCAAUGACUGAAAUCUUCGAAAAGUAUGGGAAUAAGUGGCACAUCGCUGACUUUUUCACCAAAGUGAAUAACAAGGUGGUGCACACGGAGUUUUUUCUGCGAGAUGAACCAAUAAAAGUAUCGCUUGUCAUGGAAUCAACUCUAACUAGAUUCGUGUACUUUUGA